GAAGGAAGGAAGCAAGGAAGGGGAAGGAAGCGCGGGCUGCCCACGGAGCGUCCCCAGCCCGGCUGCGUCGCUGAGUCGUCGAGCCCCCCUCUGCCCAACAUGCCGGCGUAUCAUUCUACCCUCAUGGAUCCGGACACCAAGCUGAUUGGGAACAUGGCACUGUUGCCUAUUAGGAGUCAGUUCAAAGGGCCGGCACCCAAGGAAACAAAAGAUAUGGACAUCAUAGAUGAAGCCAUCUACUACUUCAAAGCGAACGUCUUCUUCAAAAAUUAUGAAAUCAAGAACGAGGCUGACAGAACCUUGAUCUACAUAACGCUGUACAUCUCCGAAUGCUUGAAAAAGCUGCAAAAGUGUAAUUCCAAAGGCCAAGGUGAAAAAGAAAUGUACACUUUAGGAAUCACAAAUUUCCCGAUCCCUGGGGAGCCAGGAUUUCCGCUGAACGCUCUUUACGCCAGACCCAGCAACAAGCAGGAAGACGAGGUGAUGAGGGCCUACCUGCAGCAGCUGCGGCAAGAAACAGGCCUCAGGCUUUGUGAAAAGGUCUUUGACCCCCAGAGCGACAAACCCAGCAAGUGGUGGACCUGUUUCGUGAAGAGGCAAUUCAUGAACAAGAGCCUGUCAGGACCAGGGCAGUAAGGAGGAGCGAGCAGCUGUUUUGUCCAAGCACUUUGCUGCCGGAUGUAUACAAUCUUGCGUCUGUGUGAAUAUAUGUUUUCUACCAAGAGAAGCGCUUCUGUGGUGGAAAGCCAGCAAUGGAAGGAAGGGUGGAGCCAGAAUCAUGUGCAAAUCUUGUUGAGCUGGAGCUUGAUGAUGGGGGCAAUAAAAAAUGGGUUCCAA